UAUUAUAACACUUUUAUCAAUUUAACUGCAAAUAUAAAUAUUUUUUAACAAAAUAAGCAAAUUUGUUCAGAAAUAACAAUGAUUCGGUGGCUGAUUUUAAUUCUUUUUUUAACACUGAAUCAUGUAAAUUCCAAAUAUGCUACACCAUGCCUUAUAUCAGGCCAACAAUCUGGUUUUUGCAUGCCAGUUAAAUCAUGCAAAAGAAUUUAUGAUUUUUUUACUCGAGUUAGCCAAAAUGGUGGCAAUAUUUCGGAGCAUGAGAAAACUAAAUUAGCCUCAUUAUAUUGUGGUACAUUUAACAGUGCUCCACACGUUUGCUGUCCAAAAGAAGAUAUUCAAUUAAAUGUUGAGGGUUUGAAUAUUUUAAAAAAUCAAACAUGUGGUGUUUAUUUCAUAAACACUGUUGCAAAUGGACAAAACGCAUCUAUAUUUCAAUAUCCAUGGAUGGCUUUAUUAAAAUAUGAUGGUCAGAGUGAUCCCUUUAAAUGCGGAGGGUCUUUAAUAAGUGAUCAAUAUGUCUUGACAGCAGCACAUUGCGUUAAGGGAAAAGAAGAUGUACUUAAAACUGUUCGUUUAGGAGAAUUUCAGAUAAGCACUGAAAUUGAUUGCACUAAUGUAAGGCGAAAAAAUCAAUGUGCUCCACCCGUAGAGGAUGUUGAAAUUGAAGAACUGAUAAUGCAUGAACAUUAUCAGGGUAUAUACCAUGAUAUAGCACUAAUAAGAUUAAACCGCAAAGUGGAAUUUAAACGUCACAUCAAACCAAUUUGUCUUCCAAUUUAUGAAUACUUACGUACACAGGAUCAUGACAACUAUGUAAUAUCUGGUUGGGGUAAAACAGAAAAUGGUAUAACAUCAGAUAUAUUAUUGCACGCUUUUGUACCCAAAGUUAAUCGUUCGAUGUGUCAAAAUCAGUUGAGUUUUUAUAGUUUACGACAUCCCUUAAAUGAUGGUCACAUUUGUGCUGGUGGCAGAAAUUUAGUUGAUACAUGCCGUGGCGAUUCUGGAGGACCUUUGCUUUAUCGAGAUUUUUAUGAGAAACGUCCACGUAUUAUACAAUUUGGAAUAGUUUCUACAGGAUUGCGCACUUGUGGAGUUGUCAAUGUACCAGCUAUUUAUACAAAUGUUUCGCAUUACAUACAGUGGAUAACAGAUAAUUUGAAAGAAACUGUUAGCAAAUUAAAAAAUUUUAUAAAUGAUAUAAAUCGUUAUAAAUUGACAUUUAUAGAGGAAUCUUGCACAACACCAGCUCUGGAAAAUGGCUUUUGUGUUCCGUAUAAAGAUUGUCCAUUUGUUCAAGAAUUAACACAAAAUUAUGGUAGUGCCGAAGCUAUACCCAAGUAUUAUUUUAAUUUUAUAUUUAAGUCAAAGUGUUCAAAAGAAAAAGAACCCAUACGACUAUGUUGCAAACUUCCGAAAGAUUAUAUGAAACCAACUGCACAGCCAUCAGAAGCCCCUGUAGUUACACCUGCUGGUGCUGAUCCUAAAUUAACCGAAGAUCUUGACUACAACAAAGAUUUUAAUUCACAAUUCAAUGCUCAAGGUAUAAGUAUUCUCAGUGGAUUAAGCUGCGGAAUGACUGGAGGAGAUCGUGUGGCUGGCGGUAAUGAAACAGAUUUAGCAGAAUAUCCAUGGAUGGCUUUAAUACGCUACGAUGCACCUGGUGAUGAGUUUAAAUGUGGUGGUUCCUUGAUAACAAAUCGUUAUGUUUUGACAGCUACACAUUGUGUUAAUAAGGGCAUAUAUCCAGCAAUUGGAGUACGUUUGGGAGAACAUGAUCUUUCAACUAAUCCAGAUUGUAGACAAAAGGGAAGAAAAAAAGUAUGCAGUCCAGUUGUAGAAGACUUUGGCAUCGAAAAAAUCGUCACACAUCCUCGUUAUAAUGAAAGACGACGCAUUAAUGAUAUAGCCUUAAUAAAGUUGGAUCGUAAUGUAGAUUUCAAAAAACAUAUUAAGCCGGUUUGCUUGCCCAUAACUAAGCCAUCUUAUGAAAUUGAAUCAAAUGCUUUUACCAUUGCUGGUUGGGGAGCCACAGAAAAAAGUACUCGAUCUUUAGUACUUUUAAAGGCUCAAGUAUUGGGUCAAUCACGUUCAGUAUGUCAAAAUGUUUUUUCAUCAUUUUCAAUUGAAAUAAAUCUAAAACAUAUUUGUGCUGGAGAUUUAAAAACUGGUCGUGAUACCUGCAGGGGAGACAGUGGUGGUCCACUGGUGGGUUUUAACACAUAUUCGGAUGUAAAACGUUAUAUACAAUAUGGUGUUGUGGCAUCGGGUGGUAUUGCCUGUAAUCUUGAACAAGGGUUUCCUGGUAUUUAUACAAAUGUUUUAACCUAUUUACCAUGGAUCACAAAUAAUAUUAUUGAUUAAUUUAGAGUAAGCAUUAGUAAUUUAAGUUCUAUUGAUUUAAGAAAGUCACAAUUUUAUUUACUCGUAUUUAGGUUUAAAAAAAUUGCAUUCAUCUAUGAAUUGUUAUAAAAAAAUAUUUUCUACAUUAUCAUGUCGUUAGAAAUAAGAGGAAGUAUAUGAAAAAUAUAAAAUACAAAUUUGUAAGUU